CUCUUGCGAUCGUUCGGAAAGUGUGGUAUUUUCUCGCUACGGUGUUGUGUCCGUUCCUGUGCACCGUGUCAAACUAAAGUGGUCCUUUGAAAGAUUUUCUUUCCAGCUAGAAAUACUGCCUUGCCUUCUUGUGUUAUAUCGAGCAUCUCUGGUUUAAAUCAAUCUAAAAAUCAAAGUGCAAUGUCUCGUGCCGAAACCAGCCGCAUCCAUAAAACGAACGAGAACCGCAUCCAACCGGGCCGGGUUCUGAUCGUACUGAACGAUUCCAGCACGUUGGACAGUGUGGUGUAUGACAUUGCGCUGCGAUGUGGCCCGAUCAGGGAAAUACGCCGGCCAGGCCUCAACUCGUCGCUGAUCUUUGUCCAGUACGAAAACGAAGCUUGCGCUCCGGCGGCAAUCGAUGAACUUAGGAACUACCCUUUAUUCCGGACGGUGGAGCAUGCAUUAAUAUCGGAACGAUUUUGCAAUGGUUCCGAUGGGAACCAAAAUGAUCUCAAAUCUCACAAAUCUCAAAAAAAUAAUUCGGGGAAGUUUAACGAGAACAAAGAAGGUGGCCGUGCUAACAACACAAAUCGCCACCAAAAUAACAAUCCAAAAUAUAAUAACACAUCUAACAAUACGAGUAAUGAAAGAAAUUCCCCUGGAAAUAAUGUAUCAAAUAGUGGCUUGUUUCAUUCUGCGGAUCUCGUUCAGUUGCCAUCGGAAUUGAUGCCACCGUUUCCGCUUGGUUGUUGGUUCUGCACCAAAAUGCCCAACUUUGAGUGCCAGUGUGGAGCAUAUUACUGCGAUACCUCGUGCCAGCGUUCGGAUUGGACAAAACACAGAGUGGUUUGCAUGCCCCGCCUAGUUCCAAUUUCCUACUCUAACAAACGAAUGCUUCAGGAGGCAACGGCUUCCAAAAAUACCUUCGCACUCAAUGGGGUUUCCCCACAGCAAAGGGAGGAAAAUAAAUUCAGUUCACCUCCAAAUUAUGGACAGCAGCAACAAAUGCAGCCACAUCAGCAGCAGAAUCAGUUCAAUCAAGCCCAGAAUGGACCCCGGAACCACACUCCGAACAAACAAACGAACGUCAAAAAUCAAAACCAGAAAAAGAAGCAACAACAACAACAACAAAAAAAUAGCACCGAUACAAAACCCAACCAGCAAUCCGACAUCCAACAGCCUUCGGGUAGCGACUCUACCCCGGAGCAUGCCUCUUCCAGCUCCAACACGAAUCCACUGAAUCAAUCCAAUUCGGAAGUUUCGAGUCAGGUUAGCCAGAUGAGCAGCAAGAUGGCGCUGAUGCGCCUCAAGUCGAGGAAAAGCGUCAGCAAUGGCACUAGCCAAGAGCGCACACUGCAACCGGGAAAAUUCCCACCCCAAGGAUCCCUCGUGAAGCUUACAUCCUCGCUCGCGUCCGGGGUUGUGUUCAUCUAUCACAACAACGCUCAACCUAGCGAUUACUGUGAGCUGGCAAACCAGAUCUACCAAGCGGCCGAAAGGGCAAGUCAUUUGAAGGAAGCCCCCAAGGUAGAUGACGUUAUUUUUGCGCCCUUCCAGGGUGGAUACUACCGGGGCAAAGUGCUGGCCGUGAACGGUGACCAGCUGAGGGUGCAGUAUCCGGACUUCGGUAACGUGGACAGCGUCCAGUGGAAGGACGCGAAAGAAAUUGUUGACGAGCGGAUCAAGUGGGCCAAGUAUCUGACCCAUCCGGUCCGGUUGGAAGGCGUCGAAGCGUUGAGCAAGGAGAUGAAGCUGCUGCUGGAUGAAGUCGAAGGAGUCGAUGACUUCGAGCUGGUGAAGGCUAGCCCGACAAGUAAUCCCAACUUGAAGGAAGUGGUGCUGAAGCAUCCGAAAAAAUCGAUCACCCUAAAUAUGCAGCUGAUGGAAGUGAGAGAAAAAGAGCUGCGCGUGAAGCAGGAACGGGCGAAACUUGAGAAGGAACGCAAGGAAAAGGAGGAACAGCAGAAGAAGGAGAUGGCGAGCAAAGUUACUGCGGAUGUCAAAUACCAACCGGUUUUAUUCGAUGAUGCAAAGGACACCAAACAGCUACCGCAAGAUACCGACCAACAAUUGCUCAUCAUCGAUGCAAGCGAGCUGCUCCACUCGCAGAUAGUGUCCGUCAUCGCGCUGGCCGAUGUGGACGCUUACGGCGCCGUUGUUGAAGCGUGUGGAACGUUCGGUCCCGCCGAUCCCCAUCCGUAUAAACCCAGCAAGGAGGGCGAGAUGUGUCUGGUGGUGUUCCAAAACGACUGGUUGCGGGCUCUGUACGACGAGUCCGAGCCGGGCAGCUAUCUACUGCUGGACGUGGGCGUUAUCGCUCAGGUUCCGGCCGAAAAUGUGCGAGCAUUCCCGCCCGGGUUGAGCCGCGUCGUUUACAACAACGAGGUCAUCGUGGAGAAUGUGUCCGUCCUCGAGCAGAUGAUGAUCGACGGCAAGUCGGAAAGCAUCAACGGGAAGCUGAUCAAAGCGCAUGUAUACACAACGGAAGAGGGCGUUCACGUUCGCAUCCUUGCCUGAUUCCCAUAAGUAGUCUUUUUUCUUAUGUUUACAAAGUCACACGACUAUAUUUUUUACUAACUUUUUGUAUCAUGUAA